UAAAUAAAUAACUAAAUAACUUCGCAACAUCUUUGUAGCAACAAGACACACUACACGGGAGACAAGAGACAGAGAGGGACAGGCGAUGCCUAGAUAUAUUUAUUUUACCUGUAUCGAAUUUACUCCCGCCAUAGACCAAUUUCUUGCACCACUGAAUCCUGCAGUACCAGCGCCCAAUUUUUAGCCCGCCGCGCCGCACCUCCACCUUACCAUGACAUACCCUCGAUAGCUAGCGAGCUGAUCACCCUUUCGACUGACUGACUGACUUACCCGAUAUUAACCCCCUGUGCAUAUAUCUUCUGCUGUUUCUGGUAUGAGCUCUUACGACCACGAUGCGGCGGAAGGGGGAUUCUCGCGCCCGCUGAGGUCCUACGAGGGAGGGGUGGGAGGCCCUCGAAGGCCCAGACCUGUGACCGACUAUGGCUCGUCAAUGGUGCAGUGGAUGCGGGUGCGCCAGCCCCGAUACAAAGGAUCACACAGGCUUGAGCGGGAAAGACCAAGCGCCAGCUACACUGUGGACAUGCUCCCUCCCUUAGCCAGGAUCGAUUCGCCCGCUGACACCAUCCCCGUCCGUCAUCUACACCAAUCCAUCGGCAAAUCAAAAAAACCAAUUACGGUCGUAAGAUGGACGCCAGAGGGCCGACGCUUGUUGACAGGAGGCCAUACUGGCGAGUUUAUGUUAUGGAAUGGUACAGCAUUUAAUUUUGAAACGGUUAUGGAUGCCCAUUAUGAUCAAUACCAAGCUGGCGUAACCUCCGCCGCAUGGUCGCAUAGCCACGACUGGCUGAUAUCCGGCGGCCAGAAGGGCGACAUCAAGUACUGGCGGCCCAACUUCAACAACGUCGAAACGGUCGACGACGCCCACCACGAUGCCGUCAGGGAUCUGUCCUGGUGCCCCAGCGAUACGAAAUUCGUAUCCGCCUCCGACGACACGACGCUGAAAAUCUUCGACUUCACCGCCCGCAUGUGUGAGAUGGUUCUGACGGGCCACGGCUGGGAUGCAAAAUCGUGCGACUGGCACCCGUCAAAGGGUCUGCUGGUCUCCGGAUCCAAAGACCACCAGGUCAAGUUUUGGGACCCCCGCACCGGCCGCUGUCUGACUACGCUCCACAGCCAUAAAAAUACAGUUACCUGCACUAGAUUCUCGCGCGUGAACACAAACCUACUGGCGACAUCGUCGCGGGACCAAAGUGCCCGCGUCUUCGAUCUACGGAUGAUGCGAGACAUAUGCAUUUUACGAGGACAUGAGAAGCCUAUCUCCUCCAUGACAUGGCACCCGAUUCAUAGUUCGCUUAUAUCUACGGGAAGCGAGGAUGGAUCAAUUCAUCAUUAUUUAUUGGAUGAGCAGAAUCUACCACCUGGACAGGUCCCCACUGUCGCGCCAUAUGAUAGCGCUGAUCCCGCUAACACUCCCGCCCAAGUCAUAUUCCCCGCCCAUCGUGUCCCCUAUGCCCACUCAUCCACCAUAUGGACUCUCGACUGGCAUCCCCUCGGCCAUAUUCUCGCGUCCGGCUCCAAAGACAAUUUCACCCGAUUUUGGUCCCGUGCCCGGCCUGGCGAAACCACUUAUCUCAAGGACAGAUUCCACAUUGGCGAGGAAGCAGCGGAAGCCCAGGGAACGUGGAGCCGUGGAUUUGGUCGUCGACAGAUGAAGGAGGAAGAGGAGCAGGAACUCCAAGAUGAGGCGGAGGGGCUUGUCGACCAAAGGAAACCCGACGCCUCACUCCUUCCGGGUAUCCAGGGAAUUCCCGGCGCGGGCGAUAAUGUUGGACUUCCAGGACUGAUUCCGGGAAUUGGAGCUGUGCAGCCACCACCGCCACCUCCAUCGGGCACGGCGUCAUCCAUGCCGCAAGUUGAUCCGAGCCGUCUGGCGGCAAUGAUUUCCUCCGGCUCGUUUCCUCCACCUCAACUUGAUUCUAUACCACUAAACUUACGCCCGCCCCCAUAUCCCAUGCCUAGUAUGCAGGGGGGUGGCCUCCCACCAAACAUGGAUCUAUCAUCUUUACAAAAUCAGUUCUUUUCACAGCAACAACAGCAUCAGCAACAACAGCAUCAGCAACAACACCACCAACCCAACACACUUCAGCAGAACCAAAACUUCCCCUCGCACGGUGGCGGAGGUUUCACGUCCUCAGGAAUACCAGGUCUUCAGGGCCAGGGCCCAACUGGUGAUUCAAAUGAGGAUUUCACGAACGGUGUAAGGAAACGCGGGCCGUUGCCAAGCCAGCAAGACAGCUUGAUGGAAGAGCAACGACGGGGGAACUGGCGAAAUAUUAGAUAAAAAGAAAACAAAACCAUAUCAUCUUUUGACAUAUGCUAAAAAGAACCUGUAAUAUAGAACGGGGGUUGCGAUUUGUUUUCGGGACUUUUUGGGCGAGAUGGAAGGGACCAUUUACCUACAUGCGAUAUCUGUUUUAUUUCUUAUUCUGUGGUAUCUGCUUAUGCCAACUGUCGAGCGAAUUUCGAUGGGGAAUAAUGCGCGUAUGGCGUUGGGAUCAAAUCCUUUACGUAUAGUUUCUUCCCCUUUUGCAGACCGGACUACCCCCUAUACUUUAGCUAGGCAUAUGACCCUGAGCACGGCUUUUCAAAAAAGUUUUGGUGGUUGCCGUAGAGGCAAAGUGUUAGCUCUCAGGCUAUAAUAUCGUAAACAAAAAGCAUGCCAGGCCGUCAGGUGGCUGCGCUAUAGUCCACCCUGGAUAGAAAAGCUGGAUAGGACCAAGACAAGCGUAUUAAGGGCCGCCCACGAAAACGGAAUCCAGGUCGACAUCUUAUAAUUGCCGGCUUCAUAGACGGCUCCGAGACUGUUAUGUGCCAGUUCACGUCAGACGCAGCUACCAGUAUCCUUUUCAAUUCCAUAUAGUUACAAAAUUGAACCCGCAAAACAAAGAGCUAAAACAUCUGAAGCAGGAAUGAGGGAGAAAACAUCUAACAACUCACAUAAGCCCUGUAACACUACCCGCCAGCAAACCCUCCAACCCCGCAAUGAGUAUGUAUAUCAACAGCACGGCCCAGACGAUCUUCCAGCUGCGCCAUUGCAUCACGACGGCACACAGAGCGGCCGAGAGAUGUACACCGAUAUAGAAGAGCAGUGUCCAGAAGAGCGUGAAGCGCCAUAUGUCGUUUGUGUAAUAGAGAUAUUGGGCUCCGUCGUGGUAGAAGCCUAAGGUGACGUAAAGAGAAGGAAACGGCGGGGUUUCGUAGCCUAGGGGGAUGGUUUGGGAGAAGGACAUUGUUUGGCUGUAUCUGUCUCCGCGUUUGAGGUUUCAGGAUAAUGGCAUGGAUGGUGAAUGGGUGAA